GCGAUCUCUGGCCGCUUUCCCAGAACAUCCAGCCAAGUACCCGCGGGAUCGCCCUGAUCCAGUCCAGAUCCAGCCCGAUCCAGGUGCGCCAGCAUCCCAGUCAACAGAAGCCGACACAGGCUACUCGUCACACCCGGCCGACAGUUCCGCAUCGCGCUGUGGAUGCUGUUGAUUCGCCGUGCUGAUGGCAUCGCUGUGCUCCAUGCUUGUCCCCCGCAGGAUGAGUCUGAUUUUUGCCAAGCUCGUGCCAAGGCCCAUCUGGGCAAGAGCCAUCCAAGCAAGCACACCGAUUCGCAUGCUCUCGACGUCUUCAGCUCGCUUUGAGGCAGCCAAGUCUGAUGCUGUGGGACAGCCGGUCGCUGCGACAGCCGAGACAGAAGCAGAAGACAGAGCCCAAGCCGAUGCACCAGCCAGCCGCGAUGGAGAAAUCGAGCGCCCCGCCGAGCCCACCUUUCAAACGCAUAAAGAGUUUGUUGAAUCUCUCGGCCCUAUCGAGGGCCCAUUCGCGGAGGCAAAGAAGUGGCUGAUUGAGAACCGAGGACUGUAUCAGUACACUCGCGGACCACCAGCGUUUGUUGGAGCGAACGUGCGCCAGGGCGGCAAGUCGCCCGUCCCGUUCCCGAUGAAUCCGCUGUUCAGACCCAAGCCGCCGGUUGCCGAGGCAACCAAACAGGAAAUCUACAAGCUCUUCCGAGCCGACCCGAAAAAGAACACACCACGAUCUCUGGGUGUCCAGUUCGGGCUUUCGAUCAUUCGAGUCGAGGCCAUCCUGAGACUGAAAGCUCUGGAGGCCAAAAUGAUCCAGGAAGGAAAGACCCCACAGACGAAUCUGACCGAGGGUAUGGAGUCUUACCUGGGCUCCCAGACCAUUGCCCGAUCAACGAACGCGAAUGCCCGUCGCCCUCGGCGCGAGCCCCUCCGAUUCAUGGCCUCGGACAACAGCCGGCCCUUCUUCCGCCUCGUUGAUGAAAUGGAGUCAUUUUCGCCAGAGGAAGCAGCCGUAAUCAUGGAAAAGGAUCCGUACUCCAAGAUGGUCGAUCGAGUCAAGCAGCACGAUGGCAAGAUCCUGCAGCUCGACCCGCCUGCUGAAAAGCCUGUUGAGACGAUCGCGUCCUCCAACCGAGUGCAAUCCAAAUUUGCAUUCAUGAUCUCGGAUUCAUCUGAUCCUCUGAAGCAACAACUCUUUAUUCGACAAAAGAACGGAGAACUUCGCCCCCUUACCAACGUCGAAAGGUUCCAGAAGCGCAACGAGAAGCCCAAGUAUGCUGUCAUCGGAUAGACGAGGCACUUUAGCUUUCCAGGAAAGAGCGGGCGCCUAGUUUCCAGAAAUCGCAUGUAUUUGAAUGCCGCCUCCUGACGGAGACUCAUCGACCCAUUACUACCAAUGAUGCUAUCAAUUGACGACAGGCUUCCAUUGAGAAGCGCAGUCCCGAAUACACUCUAUCGCUUGCUCGCGAUAGAAAUCCCACAAAUAGCGCCUAUAUGAUCAGAGCAAGCCCAGAUCCUGCUCGUGCACAGAAAUACGACGGGGCUCAUAUACGCUCUUUCACAGCCC